UGACAACUGAAGGUAUAGACAACGAUUCUUCUUGUUCCCGCAGCAAAAACAAACUUCAAGUCCUUUUGACAGAAGAUUACACGGAUUAUGAAUAAGUUUUCGUCGAUGUUAUAAAAUUCGACUUUUCUUUUACAUAUCAGGAUUUUCAAUAGAAUAAUAAAGUAAAAAAACAGUUAUCCCUUAGAUUCCGUGCGAUUUACUGGGUGUUUAAAAAAAAUGCAUGCAUGUCGACAAUUAUUAUACAGCCCAGCACGGUGGAAAUGUGCUAUUCCAAUUAAUUUGAAACAGACGAUAUACUUCAACAGACCAGAUCAGUACAUCGUGAGAGAAUGUCGGCACUACUCAGCACGGAAGGGCUUCUUCUCAUCCAUCAUCGAGAACAUCAAGGACGAGAUGGCCAAGAACAAAGAGAUGAAGGACAACAUCAAGAAGUUCAGGGAAGAGGCACAGAAACUAGAGAACUCAGAAGCAUUACUGGCUGCCAGAAGGAAAUUCCAUGCGGUUGAAUCGGAAGCUUCCAAGAGUUCAGAAGUACUGAAGGAAACAUUUGAGGGAAUCAAGGGCAAGAUGGAGCAUGUCAUUGAAGAAGCUAGUAAAACUGAGAUAGCCAAGAAAGCUGGACAGAUAAAGGAGGAUUUAUCAAAGACAGCGAAAGGCGCCGCUGAAAGCAUAGCUGACACGGGUUCCAAACUGGGUCAGACAACUGCUUUCAGAACUAUUUCACAUGCGACAGCAGUAGUGAAGGACGAGAUCUCGCCUCGAGGACUGGAGGGCCGCGUCUACAUGGCACCCAAUGCCCUACGGAAACGCAUUGAGGUUGCUUCUGACGAGCGCACGUUCGCUCCAGACACUGAGACUGUAGGCGUGGAGUUGCACAAGGACUCCAAGUUCUAUCAGCAGUGGGAGAGCUUCAAGAACAACAACCAAUAUUUCAAUAAGGUACUAGAUUGGAAGAUAAAAUACGAAGAGUCCGACAACCCUGUAGUGAAAGCUUCACGAUUCGUCACCGAGAAGGUAGGCAGUUUGUUUGGCAAUAUUUUCGAGAAGACCGAACUGUCCAAAACCCUUACCGAAAUAUGCAAGAUCGACCCUAAUUUCACGGCUCAGAAGUUCUUAGAGGACUGUGCGAACGACAUCAUACCGAAUAUUCUCGAAGCAAUGGUACGAGGAGAUUUGGAAAUUCUCAAAGAUUGGUGCUACGAAGGCGUGUUCAACAUCCUGGCCACACCCAUCAAACAGUGCAAACAGCUCGGGUAUCACUUAGACUCUAAGAUCCUGGAUAUCGAACAGAUCGAACUCGUCAUGGGCAAAAUGAUGGACCAGGGUCCAGUUCUAGUCAUAACAUUCCAGUCACAGCAGAUCAUGUGCGUCAGAGACAGUAAGAACAAAGUGAUAGAGGGCGACCCCGACAAGGUGAUGCGCGUCAACUACGUGUGGGUGCUGUGCCGGGACCCCGCCGAGCUCAACCCCAAGGCGGCCUGGCGACUGCUCGAGCUGUCCGCCAGUAGCGUAGAACAAUUAAUAUAGGAGAAUUAAUGUAGACUUGAAUUAAAUCGUUGACUUUUAUGUAUGGUUUUCAUAAACCUGUCCAUGAUAUCCUGUGAGACGCAACAUUAGACGAAACGUUCGACCGGACGUGUUCCGCGGAAAUAGUGUAGCUUUUGUUGUGUGCAAUGCGGCACUAGACUGUUUUGUAAAGUAUAGCGAGUUAACUUGGUAGUUAUGACUUGAAGCAUAUAAGAAGUCUGUUAAAUAGUAUAUAAGAAUCGCUUAUGUAAACAGUCGUGUCUAGAUUAUUACCCAGACGGUUUCUGUCAGCAGAUGUAAAUAAAGAACCAUGUUUAAGUUAUCCCAGAAGUUACAAAUAGUUUCGUUUGCAAUCCGAUUAGAGCUGUAUUCAAUCGGCAAUUUACUUUUAAGUUUUUUAUACUUCGAAACCUUUUCGUGCAUAUGAGGUCUUAGCAUAGCAAUAUCUAUUUAUUUCCUGUUUUAUUAUCUACGUGAUAUUGGUGAAAUAUGUUGUUAUCCAAUGAAAUAUAGUAGGUAGACCGUUCGUAGUAAAUUAAUUACAAAACACUAAAGAAUGAAAUAGUGUGACGCGUAUAUUAUGCGUCACUGUAAGCAAACAUUGUAACAGUGUAAGGAAAGGUUUUGGAGUGACAUUGUGUUUUGAAUAUUACUUUAUGUUUAUUUUGUAUCAUUAUUAGUUCGUUUCGAACGAUUUAUUAUUUAUUUUAAUAAAUUGUUUUAUUUUUA